AUGCGUUCUUGGAGAAUUCCUUCAGCGCCAAAACUCGUCAGAAACAUAGUUUUGGUGGGGCGUACGGGAAAUGGAAAAAGCGCCACUGGAAACUCGAUCAUUGGAAGUGACGUGUUUCGAUCAGAACCAAAAGCAACAGGCGUUACCAAGACAUGUCUGGCAAUUGAAAUUGAGAGACCAGAUGGAUCGAUCAUGAACGUGAUUGACACUCCUGGUCUGUUUGAUUUAUCGGAGUCUGCUGAAUAUAUCAGUAAAGAAAUCAUCAAAUGUCUGACUCUUGCGGAAGAAGGAUUACAUGCUGUUGUGUUGGUUCUAUCUGUGAGAACUCGGAUUACCCAAGAGGAAGAGAACACGCUUGGUACCUUGCAGGCUCUUUUUGGGAGUGAAAUACUUGACUAUUUGAUCGUUCUAUUCACCGGCGGUGAUGUGUUGGAGGAGAGAAACCAAACACUGGACGAUUAUUUUCGUCAAGGUUGCCCCGAAUUUCUAGAGACAGUUCUUAGUAUGUGUGGGGGUAGAAAGGUCUUGUUUAAUAAUAAGAAUGCAAAUGCAAGCACAAAGGUCUCGCAAGUCCAGCAGUUUCUUGCCCAUGUUUCAUCCAUUGAAGAACGCAACUAUGGAAAGCCAUUCACAAACAAUAUGCAUCGUGAGAUAAAGGAAGAGACUAAAAGGGUAAGGGCACAGAGAAAGGCAGUUGACACUACGAAGCUUGGAGAAGCAGAGUUGGCAGAGAUGCAGCAGCAGCUACUAAUGUCGCAUGAGCGUAGGAUGAGCGAAAUGGAAAGGAUGGUGGCAAAUAAGCUAAGAGAGACUUCUGCUGAACAUGAGAGAAUGGUUCAAAUGCUGAAUGAUAAUCUGGAGCGGGCACAGAGAGACAAUGAAUCUCUGCGAGAUGAGCAAAAAAAGGAACAAAGGAGGCGGAUGAUGAUGCAGGUUGGUCUCGCAGUACCUGGGGUAGUGGGACCGCUGUUAAUGUGUAGCAUCUUGUGA